AUGAUCUGGAUUGAGGCAGAUACUCUGGCAAAAGCUGCCUACUCGACUAUUCUGGUAGACCUGGGCCAGACAAAACCGGAAUCCAAUAUCCUCACAGACACCAAGCUGUUAACAGACUUUACAUCCAGUUUCACAGGUCUUAAGUCGGCGGUGAAUCUGUUUCCAGGACCGGCAAAUGAUAGCUAUGCUGUUUUAGGGAAGUCUACAGGCCCACUAGGUAUCAAACCAUCGGUCAUCUUGACAUUUUAUGUCUGUCAGGUGCCGCGACUCAAGCCAGCCGGCAACCUCAUCGUUGCUGUCAUCGUGGCUGACCUUGUGCUUCUCCAAGCCGUAUGGCAGCUAUAUAAGCUUGCCACUGAAGCAUAUUUGUCGAGAGUGCGACCGGACAUGAAUCCUUCAGGAGCUGUCAUUAUUGAACAGCCAGUUGAGCCUGAAACACCACCCAUACCAAGCAGCGAGAGCGGCGUUGAAAGUUUUCCGCUUAUGCGCACGUCUCGGCGGGAUGAUAAUCACUUUCAAGACGGGAGAGGGGGGCCUUAA